CCUGCAGUUGGCCUGCUAACAGCUACAACGUUAAAGCUAACAUUACCUCGUUAGCUUGAAUGAGGAAAUACGUUUGCUUAAAUAUCGUAUAACUCAGUUUAUAGGCAGAUAAAUGUGAUAUUUCUUCAUUAACAAGUAGAUAAGUUUUUCCGGAGGCAGACAAAACGAAGUCGUAAACGAGUUUAAAGGAAGGAUGUCUUUGAAUGAUGAUGGAUAUGUGGUCCGGAUCAGAGGACUUCCCUGGAACUGCUCACGGGACGAGGUGGCCAGUUUCUUCUCUGACUGUGACAUCAUGGGAGGAGUAAGUGGAGUUUGUCUGACUUACACUAAAGAUGGCCGUUCCACCGGUGAGGCAUUCAUUGAGCUGAAAACAGCUGAUGAUUACAAGAAUGCUCUUGCCAAGGACCGUAAAUACAUGGGACACAGAUACGUGGAAGUGUUUAAGUCAAAACAUAGUGAGAUGGAAUGGGUGCUGAGACGUAGCGGCCCUCCUCCUGACAGCUGCAAUGGCUGCAUGCUAAAAUUAAGAGGACUGCCCUUUGGCUGUAGCAAGGAGGAGAUUGUCCAGUUCUUUUCAGGGUUCAGAAUCGUGCCAAAUGGGAUAACUCUGCCAGUGGACUACCAGGGGAGGAGCACAGGGGAAGCCUUCGUGCAGUUUGCUUCAAAGGAGAUAGCAGAAAAGGCUCUGGGGAAACACAAGGAAAGAAUAGGGCACAGAUACAUAGAAAUCUUUAAGAGCAGUCGUUGGGAGAUCAAAGCCCACUAUGACCUUCCCAGGCGGGGAACUGGAACCCAGAGACCUGGGCCCUAUGACAGACCUGUAAUCGCAGCCCCGAGGGGAAGCCUGUAUGGGCCUGGACGUAGUGUGGGUCUGAUGGACAACAUAAGGGGUGGAGGUGGUUACGGAGGAGGUUACAGUAGCUUUGACAACUACAAUGGUCUCAGUGACUACUGUUAUGGUGAGAUGUUUGAUGACCGAAUGAGAGGAGAGAGGGGAGGAAGAGGAAUUGGCGGCAGCCACGGUUAUAGCAGACAAUCUGAAGGUAACUCGGGUUUCCACAGCGGCCAUUUUGUGCACAUGAGGGGUUUACCUUUUCGGGCCACAGAGGGCGACGUUGCAAAAUUCUUCUCUCCUCUGAAUCCACUGAGGGUCCACAUCGACAUGGCGCCUAAUGGAAAGCCGACUGGAGAGGCAGAUGUGGAGUUUCGCUCCCAUGACGAUGCUGUGGCAGCCAUGUCCAAAGACAAAAAUCACAUGCAGCAUCGCUAUAUUGAGCUGUUCCUUAACUCAGCGGCCAGUGAAGCAGGCGAAAUGAGCCGUGGGGGAGGUGGUUACUACAGCAGCUCAGGAGGAGUCGGAGGUUCUCGAAGCAGUGGACUACGAGGUGCUUACUGAUGUCCCUCAACUCUCUUCUCAUCCAUCCAUGGAGUUUGUCUGCAUCUCUGAAGACCAGUUUUAAUACAAUAUAAUUUCUAAGCAGGAAAGCUGGAGGAAAAUAAUUUAUUGACCUUGUGACAAAUGAUGUGGUUUAGUGCAGGGCUGAGAUACCCAUUCAUCCAACAUAAACGUUCAGUCUGCAGCUCUGUUUUUACACUGUACCUAAAGCUGUAAUAUGAUGGAUAAAACCUGCCCCCUUUGGUAAAAUCUUAGAGCUUUAGUAUCUGGUGAAAAUAUUUGUAUUUGACAGUUUGUUCUUACAUUUUGUAGGAUAUUUGGGUAUUGUAAUACAAUUUAUCACAAAAAUAAAAGGAUGUACAUGCAGAGUGCAAUGAAAGGCACAUUUGACUUUCAGAAAUAACAUUUAAUUUCUUUUUUUAGCAUUAUAGCCUUUUUAAUUUCUAUAAACUAAUUGCACUUCAUAUUGUUUUGGUGCUGUGAAAAAAGAAACACGAUUUCAUCCCAAAGAAUAAAAGCUGUGGGUCUUUUUUAAAUAUACAAGACAAAAAUACCACACUGCAGUGGAAAGACAGCAUCAUCAGGUCAAAUGUGAUCACCUGAAAAUAUUUUGGGAAUAUGAUGUAAAAAUGUGCUUUAUGUUUGUUUUUUAAAGGCUUUCUUUAUUCUAGUUACAAUAUUUUCUUUAGACCAUCCUGACAAAAAUGAUUUCAGAUCAGCUUUCCUGGUUUGAAAGGUUUUGUAAUUGAGUGUUUUUGUUUUUUUUAUUAAAUGUUUUCACAGUUCUUUACAGAAUCUCAAACUCCUAAUGAGUGGAAAUGAAAGAAAAUCUAUAUUUGAGCUGUAAAAUAGCCUAUAAAGCUGUUGUACAUUUGCUUAAUAAAAUUUUGUAUUUAAUUGUC